UUUUAGUGCUUUUUUGUUCGUGAACUUUAACCUCAAAAACUCCGCCAUUUUCAAACUGCAGUGCAGAAGUCGAAGCGAAGCAUGAUGGCCACAGCAAACCAGGCCUGCCCCGGCAUCGGCGAACCCUCGGAACUCGACACGUUAACCGGUAACCUACUGCAGGCCCAGGAUACAUUCCUAAAUCGCUUUGCAGGGGACCAGCUGCAGCAGUUUCUACAGCAACAUUGGAGAGAGCACCAAGCGACGAUCCAACAAGGAAGAGAUAAAAUUGCAUCACUUCAAAAGGAUCUACAGUCGUUGGAGCAGCAAGAACUGAGCAACAAGCAAGUUGAAGAAGUCAACAGGAAGAGGCUUCGGGAGGUACGAGAGCAGAUCAAGCAGGAAUCGGCCAGAUGCCAGGAACUGCUGUUUGAGAAAGAACAGAAGGAGAAGGAACUGCAGGCCGAGACGGAGAAAUACAACCAGCAGAAAGAAUUGGUUGAAGCCCAGGAGAAGGCGACCAAGGCACGACUGAGGGAGCUGAACAAGGCAGGGGGGCUGUACCAGGACAGACUGGGCCUUCAGUUCAAAAACAUUGGUGAUGGACAACUGCAGUUUGCUUUCACCCAACUGGAUCCCAAAGACCACAACAGAGUAUUCUUCUUCACUAUCAAGAUUGAGAACAACAAAUAUAAUUUGAAAGACUGCAACCCAAAUAUCGAGGGCUUGGAGAAAAUGGUGGAUGAACUCAACGAAAGCAACAACUUGAUGAAAUUUGUCGUCGCCACCAGGAGAAAGUUCAAAGAGUUUGUCUGAAUGAACCAACAUUUCAAUUUGUGUUUAUGUGAUAAGAUAAUUCCAUCCUAUAAAAUGUAAAUACAUGUACAUAUUUCUUUUCCUGUAAAUAUUAGUUAUAUUUUUUUCCACCCACACACAAAAAUCAGUACAUUUUUCCAGUGUAAUUUCAAAGUUGGGCACAACAGUUUGUGUUGUUUUGUAAUAUAACUUUUGUAUAAAAAUGAGUCAUUAAACAGGAAAUAAUGACAAACUCAAGUGAAUACUAUUUUGAAAAAAAGUGGUCAAAAUCAUUGUGAUUUGUUGUUGAAUAUUUACAAUAAGUCAAGGAUAAGGUGAAAACAACCCUAUAAUUGCUGUAGUAUACAAAAAAAAGUCAACUGAAACUGAAGCUAAUAAUUCCAUCACUACACACUACAGUACAUGUACAUGUACAUGUACUCACUUUCACAGGUAAUUAUUUUUUUAAUUCACAUUAAAACCCAAGAACUCUCAGAGAUGCUGAGAGGUUUCGGGGUUUUAACCUGAAUUCAUAGGGUUUUUUUUUUCAAAAAAUGUGACAAAUUAAAAGUGUUGGAUUUGGUCUGAAACUUCCAAAAAACAAUUUUUUUGAAAGGGGGUAAGAGUAGUUUCAGGUUUUUAGUUGUGUUUCAGGCUUUUCAUUGAUAUAUUGGUGGUAUCUCUGCAGCACAGUGUAUAUAAUAUGUCAAGAAAACAGUGAAUUUAUGAAUUGAUAAUUUUAAUAUGCUUGCAAGACAUUAACCAAAUGCCUACUUAAGUUAUAAGCCUACUGCCAUUAUGUGUGUAGCUGGAACUUGUCCAGUUUUUAUCAAGGGCGCCCUCAGUAGUAAUAAAGCCUUGUUCAGUUUUUAUCAAGGGCGCCCUCAGUAGUAAUAAAGCCCUUGUCCAGUUUUUAUCAAGGGCGCCCUCAGUAGUAAUAAAGCAACAAGUUUAUUAGCGGUAGUGUACAUGUA